GGGCGAGGCCUGAACGGAACGUGGGAAUGUGAAAGUGAAAUCGACUUCGCGGCCAGCCGAAAGCGAGUCGUCUUCUCCCGCGGACACCAUGGCCAAAUCCUGCACCUCCAACUUCCGUGUCGGCAAAGAGACGCGCGAGAAGAUGGCUCUUUUCAGAGAAUUGCUUUUGAAAGAGGGUGAAGAAUUCCUUUGCACAUUUUUACCUUCCAAAAUAUUUCAGUUGGAUAAGUUUCUUAAGGAAAAUUCACUAAACGUGCAAGAUUUGACCACUCUUAAAGCUCCUUUGGAGAUCCCUAUUCCAGACCCCCCACCCAAAGAAGACGAGAUGGAUACAGAAAAAGAGGAGAAGGAAGCUCCAAAGUGUGGUUAUCUUAAAGGAAACGAAGUUCUUAUUUCACUUCUGAAUCGCGUGAAACCUGAAGUUCGCGAGUUUAAAGAAAAAUGCAUUUUGGUCACGACCUGGAUCCAGUUCAUGAUCCCCAAAAUUGAGGAUGGCAACGACUUCGGGGUGGCGGUUCAGGAGAAAGUGCUGGAACGUAUCACGGCGUUGAAGACGAAGGCUGAAGCUUUCCAAACCACCAUGGCUAAAUAUUUUCUGGAGCGUGGAGAUGCGGUCGCCAAGGCCUCCAAAGACACUCACGUGGUAAGCGACGCAGAGAGAAGAUUGCAAAUUACUUGA